CACGGCGCUGACGUAAUCGGUCCCGGCAUCCCAACCGGCCGCAUCCCGCCAUGGCCGCCAGCCCGGCCUACGGGGAGGACAAGGGGGGCUCCUCCAGCCUGGGGGAGCCCGAGUACGGGCACGACCCCGCCAGCGGCGGCAUCUUCUCCUCCGACUACAAGAGGCAUGAUGACCUCAAGGAGAUGCUUGACAGCAACAAGGAUUCGCUCAAGCUGGAGGCCAUGAAGAGGAUUGUGGCGAUGAUCGCCCGGGGGAAAAACGCCUCUGACCUCUUCCCAGCCGUGGUGAAAAACGUCGCCUGCAAGAACAUCGAGGUGAAGAAGCUGGUGUAUGUCUACCUGGUGCGCUAUGCAGAGGAGCAGCAGGAUCUAGCCCUGCUUUCCAUCUCCACCUUCCAGCGAGGACUCAAGGAUCCCAACCAGCUGAUCCGUGCCAGCGCCCUGCGGGUCCUCUCCAGCAUCCGCGUGCCCAUCAUCGUGCCCAUCAUGAUGUUGGCCAUCAAGGAGGCAGCCUCGGACAUGUCCCCGUACGUGCGCAAGACGGCUGCCCAUGCCAUCCCUAAGCUGUACAGCCUUGACUCGGACCAGAAGGACCAGCUCAUCGAGGUCAUUGAGAAGCUCCUGGCGGACAAGACUACGGUCCAGCAUCCUCACGGGGAUGCCAAUGUCCCCACUGAGCCAGCAUCCUCACAGAGAUGCCACCAUUCCCACCAAGCAGCAUCCUCACAGAGAUGCCACCACCCCAGUGGGUCACCCUGGGCCUUCCCUGCACAGCUGGUGGCCGGCAGCGUGGUGAUGGCGUUCGAGGAGGUCUGCCCCGAGCGCAUCGACCUCAUCCACAAGAACUACCGCAAGCUCUGCAACCUGCUCAUCGAUGUGGAGGAGUGGGGGCAGGUGGUCAUCAUCAACAUGCUGACCCGCUACGCGCGCACGCAGUUCCUCAGCCCCAACCAGAACGAGUCCUUGCUAGAGGAGAGCACCGAGAAGGCUUUCUACGGCUCUGAGGAGGAGGACGCCAAGGACGCCAAGGCGGAGGCAGCACCGCUGGCCAAGCGCAAGCCCUACGUCAUGGACCCCGACCACCGCCUGCUCCUGCGGAACACCAAGCCCCUGCUGCAGAGCCGCAAUGCCGCGGUGGUGAUGGCCGUGGCACAGCUCUACUUCCACCUGGCACCCAAGGCGGAAGUUGGCGUCAUCGCCAAGGCACUGGUGCGGCUCCUGCGGAGUCACAGCGAGGUGCAGUAUGUGGUGCUGCAGAAUGUGGCCACCAUGUCCAUCAAACGGCGGGGCAUGUUUGAGCCUUACCUGAAGAGCUUCUACAUUCGCUCCACGGACCCCACACAGAUCAAGAUCCUCAAGCUGGAGGUCCUCACCAACCUGGCCAACGAGACCAACAUCUCCACCAUCCUGCGGGAGUUCCAGACAUACAUCCGCAGCAUGGACAAGGACUUUGUGGCAGCCACCAUUCAAGCCAUCGGGCGCUGUGCCACCAACAUUGGGAAGGUGCGGGACACCUGCCUCAAUGGUCUGGUCCAGCUCCUCUCCAACCGGGAUGAGUUGGUGGUGGCUGAAUCCGUGGUUGUCAUCAAAAAGCUCCUGCAGAUGCAACCGGCCCAGCACAGCGAGAUCAUCAAGCACAUGGCCAAGCUCACCGACAACAUCCAGGUGCCGAUGGCACGGGCCAGCAUCUUGUGGCUCAUUGGCGAGUACUGCGAGCACGUGCCCAAGAUUGCGCCCGAUGUGCUGCGCAAGAUGGCCAAGUCCUUCACCAACGAGGAGGACAUCGUCAAGCUGCAGGUCAUCAACCUGGCAGCCAAGCUCUACCUGACCAACUCCAAGCAGAGCAAGCUGCUGACCCAGUACGUCCUCAACUUGGCCAAGUACGACCAGAAUUAUGACAUCCGUGACCGGGCUCGCUUCAUCCGCCAGCUCAUCGUGCCCACCGAGAAGAGCGGAGCCCUCAACAAGUACGCCAAGAAGCUUUUCCUGGCCCAAAAACCUGCCCCCAUCUUGGAGUCCUCCUUCAAAGAUCGAGACCAUUUCCAGCUGGGCUCCCUGUCCCACCUGCUCAAUGCCAAGGCUGUGGGCUACCAGGAGCUGCCCGACUGGCCGGACGAGGCUCCUGACCCCUCCGUGAGGAAUGUGGAGGUUCCUGAGUGGACCAAGUGCACCAGCCGGGAGAAGAGGAAGGAGAAGGUGGAGAAACCUUUUUACUCGGACUCGGAGGGUGAGUCGGGGCCCACGGAGUCGGCGGACAGUGAGCCCGAGUCGGUCAGCGAGGAAAGCGGCAGCAGCAGCAGCUCCAGCAGCUCCAGCUCCAGCAGUGAAGAGGAAGAGGAGGAGGAAGAUGAGGAGGAAGGCAGCGGGGAGCAGUCAGAGGACAAAGAGGAGGAGGAGGAGAGGCCAAAGAGGAAGGAGAAGGAAGGCUCUCGCAAGGCAGCCCCGGGCAGCCCCAGUGAGGAAGAGGAGGAGGAUGGGGUGAAGAAGACCAAGAAGAAGAAGGCGUCACAGGGGAGGAAGGGCCGCACUGAGACCUCGUCAGAGGAGGCCAGCGCCUCCGAGAGCAGCUCCUCAGACUCCGAGUCUGGCUCCGAGGCAGAGGCCAAGCGCAGGAAGGCGCCCCCCAGCAGCAGGGCUGGCCCCAAGGAGAUCUCCCUGCUCGACCUGGAUGACUUCACCCCCCCUCCUCCCCAGCCCAUCCCCUCCAGUAGCAUCGUCUCCACCAGCCUGGUGACCGACCUGGAGGGCCUCACGCUUACUGACACCUCCCUAGCACCCGCUCUGCUGAGCCCGGGGCUGGGUGCGAUGAGGACCUACGAGCUGCUGCACCGCAUGGCGGGCGAGGGGCUGUCGGUGGAGUACUGCUUCAGCCGUCGGCCCUUCCCGGGGGACCCGCACAUGGUGGCCGUCCAGAUCCACAUCUCCAACAACACCGACGCCGAGGUGAAGAACCUGCGGGUCAGUGAGCCCAAGCUGCUCUCUGGCAUGCGGAUCCAGGAGUUCCCUGAGAUCGAGCACCUGGCACCUGGGGACACAGCCAGUGUGGUGAUGGGCAUCGACUUCUGUGACUCCACCCAGGCGGCCAACUUCCAGCUGUGCACCCACACACGCCACUUCUACGUCUCCAUCCAGCCGCCUGUGGGGGAGCUCAUGGCCCCUGUCUUCAUGAGCGAGAACGAGUUCAAGAAGGAGCAGGGGAAGCUGACGGGCAUGAGCGAGAUCACGGAGAAGCUGACGUUGCCCGAGAAGUGCCGCAGCGAUCACGCCAUCGUCCAGCAAGUGACCUUGGCCGCCAACGUGGGCCGCGUGCCCUGCGGCGCCGCCAACGAGUACAGGUUCGCAGCCAAGACGAUGACAAGUGGGAGCCUGGUGCUCAUCACCCUGGAGCGACGGGAGGGCGCUGCGGCCCAGCUCACCGUCAACAGCGAGAAGAUGGUUAUUGGCACCAUGCUGGUGAAGGACAUCGUCCAGGCCCUGGCGCAGUGACAGCCGGGCCCCGCUGCACCCACAGCCUUGGCCUCCCACCCUCCUCUGCCCCACGUCGCUCCCCAAAAUGCCCCCUGCUCCCAUUUCUGCUGGGUUAUUCCCCGACGGGGCAGCAGGCAGUGACCCCGGGGGCAAUUUUGCUGCUGGGAUGAAGGAGCAGAAUGGGACAGACAGGACACGGGGUGAUGUCCUGCUUGGAGUGAUGUCAAUGGCUCCAGCUCCCGGCCCCUCGCCACCGUCUCCCAAUGUAACCCCUAUUUAUUAUGGCCAGAAUCUCCCAAUAAAGCUCUUCUCGAACCCGC